ACUGGCUGCAGGGCGCUGACGUCUGAUUGUUGCGCGGUCACAUUUUUCCGAGGAGCGCAGAUUCGCAUUCCCAAUUUUAGGUGGCGGUCACAACUCAUACUAUUUGGACAGAUGGCACAGAAACCGCUGCGCCUCGGGAUAGAGAACACUGGAAAAGGGCCCAGAUGAGGAGAUGAGGCACCUCAUGAUGUAUAAACUGGACAGUGGAUCGCCCAGAAACAAUGAUAAUUCCAUGUGACAACUGCUGUGAUGGAAGAAAUGCAGGAUCCUAUGGGAACACUAGAAAUUGCUUGGCUUGUGGAGAUGUUGAAGGAAAGUUUGAUAUUUUGUUCAAUAGAGUUCGAGCAAUUCAGAAGAAAAGUGGAAACUUUGAUCUGCUGUUGUGUGUAGGAAAUUUCUUUGGCUCCACCCCGGAUGCUGAAUGGGAGGAGUAUAAGACUGGCAUCAAGAAAGCUCCUAUUCAGACAUAUGUGCUUGGUGCUAAUAACCAGGAAACAGUAAAAUAUUUCCAGGAUGCUGAUGGAUGUGAAUUAGCUGAAAACAUUACUUAUCUGGGUCGUAAAGGUAUCUUCACUGGAAGCUCGGGGCUGCAGAUUGUGUACCUCAGUGGCACAGAGUCCUUAAAUGAGCCAGUACCAGGUUAUAAUUUUAGUCCCAAGGAUGUGUCUUCUCUGAGAACGAUGCUGUGUACAACCUCCCAGUUUAAGGGUGUUGAUAUCUUGCUCACAUCCCCGUGGCCCAAGUAUGUGGGGAACUUUGGGAAUUCUUCUGGAGAAGUGGAUACCAAAAAAUGUGGUUCUGCUUUGGUUUCCAGUCUUGCCAUGGGCUUGAAACCAAGAUAUCAUUUUGCUGCUUUGGAAAAGACCUAUUAUGAGAGGCUUCCGUAUCGAAACCAUGUCGUUCUACAGGAAAAUGCACAGCAUGCCACCCGGUUUAUAGCUCUGGCAAAUGUUGGAAAUCCAGAAAAGAAAAAGUAUCUUUAUGCAUUCAGUAUUGUUCCCAUGAAGCUAAUGGAUGCAGCAGAACUGGUAAAACAGCCUCCGGAUGUCACUGAAAACCCUUACAGAAAAUCUGGGCAGGAAGCAUCCAUAGGAAAGCAAAUUCCUGCCCCUGCGGAAGAAUCAGCCUGUCAGUUUUUCUUUGAUUUAAAUGAAAAGCAGGGAAGGAAGCGUUCAUCCACAGGUAGAGAUAGCAAAUCUCCUCACCCAAAGCAGCCUCGCAAACCUCCUCAGCCUCCAGGACCCUGCUGGUUUUGCCUUGCUAGCCCUGAAGUGGAAAAGCAUUUGGUGGUCAACAUCGGCACACAUUGCUACCUCGCCCUGGCCAAAGGAGGCUUAUCUGAUGACCAUGUCCUCAUCCUGCCCAUUGGACACUACCAGUCAGUGGUGGAGCUUUCAGCAGAGGUGGUAGAAGAGGUGGAGAAGUAUAAGGCCACACUGAGACGGUUCUUUAAGAGUCGAGGGAAACGGUGUGUUGUAUUUGAGAGAAAUUAUAAGAGCCAUCACCUCCAGCUACAGGUCAUUCCUGUCCCAGUCAGCUGCUGUGCUACUGAUGACAUUAAAGAUGCCUUCAUUACCCAGGCCCAGGAGCAGCAGAUAGAGCUGUUGGAAAUCCCAGAGCACUCUGACAUCAAGCAGAUUGCACAGCCAGGAGCAGCAUAUUUUUAUGUUGAACUUGACACAGGAGAAAAGCUUUUCCACAGAAUUAAAAAGAAUUUUCCUUUGCAGUUUGGAAGGGAGGUCCUGGCCAGUGAAGCCAUCCUUAAUAUUCCUGGUAAAUCUGACUGGAGGCAGUGUCAGAUCAGUAAGGAAGACGAGGAGACCCUGGCUCGCCGCUUCCGGAAAGACUUUGAGCCCUAUGACUUUACUCUGGAUGACUAAACAAAGGGAAGACCUUUUUAUGAACUUCAUAGGAAGUAGUAAAGCCUUUUUCUUUUUUUUUUUUAAUUAGAAGAAUUUUUUUUGAGACAAGGUCUCGCUCUGUCACCCAAGCAGGACUGCAGUGGCGCAAUUUUGGCUCACUGUAGCCUCAACCUCCUGGGCUCUAGAGUUCUUCCCACCUCAGCCUCCUGAGUAGCUGGGACCACCAGGCGCAUGCUACCAUGCCUGGCAAACUUUUUAAAUUUUUGGGUAGAUGGUAGAGACGGGGGUCUCCCUGUGUUGCCCAGGCUGGUCUGUAAUGCCUAGGCUUAAGGGAUCCUCCGCCUUGGCUUCUUAACCUGCUGGGAUUACAAGCAUGAGCCACCAUUCCUGGCCUAGAAGCAUAUUUUUAAAGAAACUACAAUCUCCCAUGGGGACUGUUUCCCUGCCUCUUUUGUGCAGUCCCAUGGAACUUGCCUGCAGCAAGAGGCCUAAGAUUGAAUCUUUUUGGGGAAAAGUCAUUCUAGGAUGAAAAUCCUAUGUUAAGGCCUGGCGUGGUGGGGCUCAUGUUAUAAU